CGAAUUGAACACCACAACACGGAGAGAGAGAUAAACCAAAAGAGUAGAGAAUGAGCCACUGCUGACCGGACUACAGCAGCCGUGAUUUUUGCGGGUGAUUAGCAUUGGAAAGAAACGACAAAAGCUAAGGUAAUUCACACCAAAAUGGGCGUGCGUGUGAUAGAGGCGGAUUCGGCUAGUGACUCGUAUGACGAUGACGAUUGUUCGACGUGCAAUAAAGAGAAAAGUAAAGCACCAAAUAAGGCCAAAGCUGGCAACGGUGGCAAGAGGAGUCCCUCGCCCCCAGAUGGUGCCAGCUACAUCAGCAGGGAUCUGGUGGGCAACUGCAAGGAGUACCGCAUCGAGAACAAUACCCGCGAUCUGCGUAUCAUUGGCAAUGGCAACCGGAUAAGGGUUGUCAGCAACUCGGGCUAUCUACAGGUCAUCGGAAACGCCAACAGAUUGAAAAUCCAGAGCAAUAGUGGUUCCCUCAAGUAUACGGGCAAUGACGGACGCAUCUAUUUGGGAAGUGAUUCCCAGCAGCAGAGCGUCGACUACACUGGAUGCAACGGCCUCUUGAAGGUGGUGAAAUCCCUAGAUCUCGAAGGCAGCGGCAAGAAGGCGCCCAGCAAGCGCACAAAUACCCCCCAAAACCCUAAAUCAAAGAAGACGUCCAAGCCGACGCCAUCCAUGGGCAUUGAGAUCGACAACAACCUCACGAUCGUGAAUGGUGUGGCCGGGAAUAUUGUGAUCAAUGUCACAUUGAUGCCAUCAAUGUGAGCAUAUGAACCUAGGCGGAGAGCAGACAGGGAGCUCUCUACGCCCACCUGGCCAAAGACUAAUAUUGUAAUUGUUUCUUGCCUCCGUACUGAAUGGUUCCUACCGACUGUAGUCAUUAGUCUUAUCGUAUGUAACUUCCGACUGCUACCAACAUUACAUUCAGCAUUUUAAAGUAUUAUUAUUCGCCACGUAGUUAAUGUUCAUUAGGCAAAAAUAUUCAUCAUAUAAUUAAGUGGGCUACACAUGCAAUGCAUUGUGCAUUGAUCAGCGAAUUAUUUAUAGUCGCAGCAUAAACCAUAGUGAACAAAUAUUGUGCUUCAUUCCAAGAAUGAAUAUUCUGAUUAAAGAAAACAAAAUAUUUUAAAG